ACUCAAACUCAUAAUAAUAUAAUAAAUAAAAAUUAAAAAUAGAAAAGAGUUUGAUAAUAAGGAAGGAGACAAGAGAUGAGAAGGUGGGAUGGGAUUGUGAAGUUGCCACAUAGCCAAAGUUGCAUGCUGAUCCCUAAUACUAUGCAGCCACGCACCUAUUUGCCCAUACCUAUUCUCCAUCCUUGUCAUCAUUUUUAAUUUUUGUAUAUCUAUUUGUUCUCCUAUAUAUAAAACCCUAUUCUUUCUUCUUUGUUCCCCACCUCAUCAACAUUAUAUUCAACACCGCCUCACUCACUCACUCACUCACUCUCAUUCUCUCUCAAUAAAUAUAUACAGUACUACUAUAUAUAUCAUCAUCAUCUGAUCUCACCUAGCUAAUAAUUAAAUAAGUAUAUAAUGACCACCGGAGUUUGUUCUGAUCAGCAAAAGCUCCACCACCUUCUCCUUUGAGAUAUCAACAUUCCGCCCAGAAAGCUCGUCGGCCGACGCCACCACGAGCUCGCUGCCGCAGCCGACAUGUUUUCAAAUGGGUCACCGAGGUUGAUCUCCCCAGGCCACGACGACACCACCACCAGCGCUCUCUUUCAGAAGUUCCUUCCCUACAACAACCCCGGCGAAGGAGAAUCCGACGACGAUGCCGGAGGAUCUGACCCUUAUUCUUCCGAUCACUUUCGGAUGUACGAGUUUAAAGUCCGGAGGUGUACCCGGAGUCGGAGCCACGACUGGACUGACUGCCCUUUUGCUCAUCCGGGAGAGAAGGCUCGCCGGAGAGACCCGCGCCGCCACCACUACUCCGGCAUGGUUUGUCCGGAUUACCGACGCGGCGGAUGCGGUAGAGGAGAUAGCUGUGAGUUCGCUCACGGCGUGUUCGAGUGUUGGCUUCAUCCGGCGAGGUACAGAACUGAGGCUUGUAAAGAUGGGAAGAAUUGUAAGAGAAAGGUUUGUUUCUUUGCCCAUACUCCUCGUCAGCUUCGGAUCUUGCCUCUUCAUUCUAAUGGGUCUUCAUCGGAAAUGGCUUCUCCGGUUACUUCCAAGAAAAAAAUCAAAUACCCAAUAUCCCUCAAUAAUAAUAACUCGCCUAAUUCCAACCACUGCUGCGCUUUCUGUUCCUGCCAUAACAACUCUUCUCCCACCUCUACUCUCAUGGGCAUUUCCCAUUUCUCACCGCCCAUGUCGCCGGAGAAAUUUUCUCCCAUUUCAGCCUACAAAGAACAUUACGCCGCCGCCGCCGCUGCCGCAGCGAACGGUCACUAUUCCGGUCAAGGAGCUGUUAGUUACAAGGAAGCCCUCACCGAUCUGAUGAGUUCCAUAGAGUCGAUGAAUUUCAACGAAGCAGCUUCACCAAUUUCUCCCAUGUCGGUCGCCACCACCGGCGACCGUAAUCAUCCUUGGGUGGACGUCUUGCCGUUCAACUCCGGCGCCGAAGACCAACAACAAUUUGUUCUUUCUCCCUCUACUCCGAGUUACCCAUCUGGGUCUGAGAAUUUCAGCCAUUGGUCUAGCAAGAGGUACAAUGAUAUUGUUAAUGAGAAUCAUAAUAAUAAGCUUAAUAAGCUAAACGAGGUUAACAAUGCCGGGUCGGGUUCGGAUCCGGAUCUCGGGUGGGUCAACGAUCUCUUGAUGUAGAAGAUGAAGAAGAAGAGAAGAAGAAGGGAUUAGAGAUCUCAUACAUAUUAUACCAUGACGAAUGAAGUUUCUGACAAUGCAAAAUAUUUUGGUGAUUUUCAGAAGUGUAUAUAUAUAUGGAUGCACCAGCCGUAUAUAUACAUGCAUGAUCAUUAUGACUCUUAUUAUGAUAUAUAUAAAUAUAUCUAUUUAGUAGUGUUUGUUAUUUUAAUCGUUGUACUAUAUUAAUCUUCAUUUGGAUUAUAAUUACUAUUGUUUUUUAAAUUAAUAAGAUGUCUUCAGAUGUGAAUGUGAUGUGAUGAUCUUCUUAAUGUUGGAAGAUCAUUACUAAACUAUGGUAUCAUUAGUUUUUUUUUUUUUUUUAAUUAGAGCUUAGUUUUGAUCUUUUGUAUUUUGAUCAAGAUUUUUCUGAAGAGAAAUGGAAAACUGAUCUGUGUAUUAUAUA